AUGAGUCACACGCUCAAGCGAAGCGUAUUUUGUUCCUUCUUAACUGAAGAUAUGUUUCAUCCGUCUCCAAAGAUUAACAAUUAUCUCCCCACUCAACCCUUCUCAGCUCUCCCUUCCCAGGAAGAACUGAACUCAAACGAAGCUAUUCACAGCUCUCCGAGUUCUCUCACCACCGCCACCAUUCCUCCUCAAGACUCUUCAGUCUUCACCACGGAUUCUCAUCAGACAAAAUGGCUACCCCCCAGUUCCCCGAGCCUGCCGGCGCUACCCAACUUCCCGCCACCACAACAGGACUUCGUCUUGUUCGAUCAACCUACGCCCCAGAGACAGAACGUUAAUCGCGCUGUAUCCUCACCUGCCCCAGCAGCAGUAUCAGCCUUUGGAUCUAUACACGUCAACCCUAGCCGCUCUCCGCGCAUCGCAAACGGUUCAUCACCCUCAAUACAGAAUCAGCGAGUGGCUCAAAUUAUCCAGGCAACAGGACAUCAGACUUCUUCCUCUACGGCUUUUACCAAUCGGUUUAAUUCUCUUGCGCAAAAUCAGAAUUUACAACAGUAUUACGCAUCGAUUUCUGCUUUACCUUCUACCGCUGCAGCGAACCAGAAUCGUUCCACUCGCCCACCUGUACCUCUUUUCACACAGGGCAGCGGUAAUCAGCAGGCGGCCAGAAUGGAUCUUCAAGACGCUCUCAGCCUAGAGGAUCUUUCGGCCUUGCAGGGGCCAACGACGGCCUACUCUUCCCCCGGAAUUCCUGGUUAUGACGUGAACGUGAGCUCUGCUUCCAGUGCUGCCAGCAAUAUGGGAACGAUUUCGCCCCAAGACUUAUUCCUCGACCCCAUCACGUCUGCCCCGAACUCCACCGCAAUCACGAAUUUGACGUCGCCUUCCAUGUAUGACGGGUCUCCUGAUAUUCAAGAUCUUGAUUUUGAACUCUCCCCGAAUAUCGCUGGUAACGAAUUUGACCAUGGCUUCAGAUCAUGGCCUUCUUUGUUCCCUGAGGACAAUCCAAUCGUCAGCACUGUUUCUAUCGUCGAUGAACUUUCACCGGCACAGCAGUCUGAAGAGUUGGAGGUGACUGAUACCGUUCCUAAGACUCGUCGUAAAUCUGGCAACUCGCCCUCAUCUGGAAACCAUGCCAGGCAUUCUUCUGUUGCUGGUGUAAAUCCCCGCCGUCGAGACAAGCCUCUUCCUCCUAUCAUCGUUGAUGAUCCGAGCGACACCGUUGCUAUGAAACGAGCUCGCAAUACUCUUGCAGCUCGUAAAUCGCGUGAGCGUAAAGCGCAACGGUUUGAGGAACUUGAGGCAAAGAUUGCUGGUCUUGAAAAAGAGCGUGAUUAUUGGAAGAGGAAAUGCGAAAUCCUGGAAUCUCGAACCGGUUAACAUUGGUAAUAUGACGGGGCGUGUGUUGCAUGGAACGAACUGGAGGGUAGCCCUAAUGAUGGCGGCCCAUCCUUUUUUUCUUUUUUUAACGAGGCAGCGGUAUCAUUUCUGGUACUCUUUGGCGCAGUCAGUUAAGACGCCCUCUGCUGUGGAUAUAAAUUAUAGAGUUCUUACGUGUCAUUUCCAAGCGUAUUAGUUGAUGUUCCCGCGGAUAAGGAACAGAUUAAAACAGGUGGCUGGUAUUUCUUAGUAUCUGUUUUCAAUAGUCGAAUAGUCUCCGCCCCUUCCCUUUGGGCUUCCUUGGGCCAUAUAUCAAUACAGCGAAUUUCGAACAU